AGGUGAGAGCAGAAAUGGACGUCAACAGCGGCACCUCCUCAGCAGCUAUAAAGAGAAAGCAUGGACGUCCCUCUCGCUCACGGAGCCACGCCAAUAAUCCCUACUAUUCGGCGAUCACGACCGGCGGCUCCGCGAGUUUUGCCGAACAUCGACGUAAACUCCGCGGCGUCAGCAACAGCAGUUGGCCGCGGGCACUCUUUUCUACGGCUCCUGCGGGCCCGUCGCAUGCGGUGGUCAUGUUUCGCGUUCUCGUGGAACCGCCGCCGUCUGGCGUGUUUUUCAGCGGAUCAGAAGUCAGAGGAUGCGUCCACGUAACGACAGAGGAGGAGAAAAAGUUCAAGUAUAUCCACGUCUCUCUCACAGGAAGGGCGCAGGUGUGGUGGAUGGACAGUUCAAGUCAGAGGGAAUUUUCCGGAGAUAAAGAGCAUCUCCACGAGACCCAAAUGCUGUGGACCAGAGAAGAGAGUUCGGACAGGCUGGCCCUCUUCCCGGCCGGCUCUCACAGUUUCCCUUUCCGAUUUCUCCUCCCGCAGAAAAUACCUUCUUCGUUUGAGGGUCGAGUGGGGUGGGUACGCUACGAGCUACUGGGGAGGAUCGUGACUGGCGUAAUGAAAGUCGAGCAUUUGGUUGAAAUCGAACUCCCAGUUCUGGAGAUUCUAGACAUCAACCAGCAGCCUAAUCUUCUCUCUCCAAAGAGUGUGGCUAUUCAGAAGAAGGUG